AUGAACCCGAUUCCUUUUCUGUCUUUGGAGAGCAUUCUUCAAUGGACAUGUAGAAAGAAAAGUGAUAGCAGAAAGAAUCAAAAAAGGAAAGAACAAGAUCAGUGGUUGAAGCUGAGACAGCCUGUAAUCUCUGACGAGCUUCCCCCUACUUUGUACGACUUGCGAUUUUCUCUAUGGCUUGAGAGCGUAACUGACUACCUCUCACAACUCACUGAGAUAGUCAUACAGUCCUGUACGAGAUUCUUGAGUCUUGACUCCUUUUCCAUCCUUAGAAUCCCCGACCUGACAUCUUCAGAAAACUCAUCCACACUGGCCUCGAAGCGCCGUGUCAGUGUGCUACCGUACAGGGCUCGCGGAAGUCAACUACAUAAGUCCCCAUUGGCCGAGUUUCAGCCACCCAAUUUGUGUAAGCGAUUCUCGGGAAUCGAAGACGGCCGGAAUUCUGGGUCCUCUGCGAGCGAUAUAUCGGUGCCCAGAACCCAGAUCUGGCAGACUAUCCUUGCCAAGCAGGGCAUUUUCGGCGGAAGCACUGUCUGCAACACCGAAUCACACAUGCCCCCCUUGAAAUGUCUCCUCAACAUGGAGGCAUCUGUCCAUGUCGGCUUUAUCACACAGGAAAUAUGCAUGAGAUUUACUUCAUCUCGAGCAGAGCAUGCACUGCGGGUGCAUCUCAAAAAUGACGAUGCAGCAAUAACCCGUCUUGCAGGGCAGGCCUCGAGGAGCAAGAACCCGAAGGCCAAGAAAACAGCCAACUCGCAAAGACUUCCCAACUUAAUGAUUGGAUGGUCGGGAACUUUCGAAAGUUGGCAUACGGCAAAUCUACACGCCUUGAAUUCAGGUGUCUCUGUAGGCAGACGCAAUCUCUGUUGUCUCAUUCGACCUGGAGAACGAGUUGCCGAGAGAAGGGGGUGCCUUGUUCCAAAGAUCCGGGACCCGUGUAAUCUCGCGGCAGCAUCCGCUGUGGCCGGCACACAUUGUAUGCCAUAUGGUCUUUACCCUGUAACAAAAGCCAUGCUUUCCAGCGGGCGUUGGCAGCUCUUUUCACCUACCCCGCUUCAACGGCACAAUCCUAAUGAGUUCAAUGGAGUUUUGCGGAUCGACUCUCCUAGCGUGGGCGUCAGCCAUGCGGGAGCAAGGAUCAGUCUCACUCUUGAAAAUCCUGAGAUUCUCUCUUACACCCGCUCCCCCACCCCUCAUUAA